AUGGCUAUCAAGAUUAUACCUCAACACAGGCUUCAAGGAAGGAAACCAAGGCGCAAAAUGAUCACUCAAGCCCUUCAAGAUCCUAUUAAGUGGGACUGCUUCCAAACGACUCUUAAGGACAAUCUGCUUUCGGAAUUCCCUGAUAACAUCGAGGAACACUGGACCAAGCUAAAAACAUGCAUUAUUGCAGCCUCUGAACAAACUAUUGGAUACCAAACCGAGAAACACUAG